AUGUCAGAAACACUCCAAUAUUAUGUGAAACUUGCUUCAUUGGACCCGAAGGUGCGUAUAGCUGCGGUCCAAUCGAUAUUAACGAUCCUUAAAAAGUCCGAACAAGGGAUGACUGGGGGAGAACAUAGUGAAGUAAUGAUCUAUUCGAUUGAUCGGGUUGUUCGUUCAUUAGCGUCUUCACAAGACUGUGCACGGAAUGGCAACUUGCUCUGUUUAAUAACGAUUUUAAAAGCAUUUCCAACGGUGGACGAGGCUUCGAUCAUUAACAUCGCGACGCGCAAUUUCACGUUGACGGGCACCAACAAACAAACCUUCCGAGACGUCUUAUUUGCGCGGCUUUCUGUUUGUCUUGCGUUAAUUAAAACGGGGCGGGUGACGACUUCUGCGACGUUAAGUUACAUCGUUAAAGCCUUUUAUGUCAUUUCUAAUAAGAAAGCGUAUAUGAAUGACAUCACAAUCGAGUCCUUUGCGUUACUCUAUGAGAUGUUACCUCAGACUUUACACGAGACUUUAGUAAGUCUUUUGAAUGAACGAAUGGCCACAUUAAGUGAAAAGGCCUUUUUGCCAUUGGACACCUUUGUUUUGUGUUACAGUGCGAUUUACGACUGGAAUGUAACACUGCCACAAGUGUUACAUGGGGCACUCUUUAAUGAGAAGGCAUAUAUCUUAAGAAACACUUUUCUAUUAACUUCACAGUACACCGCUCAGAGAGUCUCAAAAUUGUACUGCGCACUCUUAAAUGCAGCUACGAAGACGGGUAACUUACUCAUCUUCUCUAAUAACAUCAUGGGCCCUCUUGGGGAUAACAUCACUUCAAUGUUCCAAAUUAUGAGCACCGUCACUACUUUAGUCGACACGUUAACACCAGAACAAAUUCCUUUUGUCUUCUCAUUGCACUUCAUUGGAAGCGCCGCGAAGUUCUUAGUCGAGCGCAAUGGCCAAUUAAAGAAAGUAGCUGCUCUGUUAUUUAAGACUGUGUCACAGAAUAAGACUCAUAGUACCGAAUAUGCCUUUUCCUUUGUGAGAAAGGGGGGAUUCAUCCAUAUCGAUCAAGUCAGUGGCAUUAAGAUCUUAGCGCCUUUAAUCAGACAGUUAAGUGCAGAAGACUUGAAUAAAGUCGUUGAUUUCAUAUUUGAGAAAUUUGAUCAAUUCAAUAAGAAGCAAUGGGAUCUUGAGAUCUUGAGUACUGUAGCAACAGCAGUGAAUUGUUCGAGUGAAUUAAAGGCGACCAUCUUAUCGAUCUUAGUCGCUUUAGAUCGUGGACUUGAGCAUCCGAAAUUGAAGAGUGUGUAUCAAGUGGAUGAAGCGCUUCAAAGAUUGUUAGAGGUGUCGUUGUACUGUACGAAGAAGACGGACGAUCACAUGAGUGUUCUUGUGGACAAUUUCCGCUUGUUACAUUCUGUUCAUCAAGAACAAGACGCUGCUCUUAUACCACCUGGAUUUGAUGAAACUGUAGCGUUGUGUGGGGAGAAGAAGGAGUAUCAGAUCUUAUUGUAUUACUUAUGCUUAGUAGCGUACCAAGGGGAAGACGCUUUAAAUGUGUUAGAAGAUGCGAUGAAGGCGUGCAGUGUAUUAGUGAAGACGAGUGAUGACAAAGAAGCCAAAGAAGUGUUAAUAGAUGUUUUAAUAGGGAUGUUAGGACAACCAAUUUCACAACCAAGAAGUAUAGUGACGAUGAUAUGGGAUAAGAUGGCUAAAGGGGUUGGAUCUUCUAUUAAUUGUGUUUUUGAAGCUAUGGCUACAGCGGAAGAAGACAUUCAAAUUGAAGAGGAAGAGCCUAAUGAAGAUAAAGAAGGCGAUGCGGUGAAGAUGGAAGUGGAGAAAUUGGGAGAAGCAGUUACUGAGACGACGGCUGAAGGAAAUGAUGUUGAAAUGGAUCCAAUGCAAUUGCUGGAAGACGACGACCCCAUUCAAAAAAUGAUUUUGGAAAAACAAGAGAAGAAAAAAGAAGACAAAAAGGCCAAACAGAAUUUUGAAAAUCAACAGAACGUCUUCCAAUCGCGACUGAUUGCGUUACUUGAGACGUACUGUAAAACUAAUUACGACCUUCCUGAAUUCUUGGAGUUCAUCCCGAACUUACUCAACGCAAUUGCACUCUUCUCGUUGAAGAGCAGAUAUGAACAGAUCUUCGAAAGACUGAUGGGGCUUUGUGUGACGAUCUCUCAAAAGGCGUCCACUAUUAAAGAAGUCAAAUACGACGAAUUAAAAGUUUCCUUUGAAAAGAUCAAGUCGAAUAUCCACAAGAGAAAGACCGAAUUGGCGGCUACAAAGUUAUUGCAUUACUACGCAAAGUACACAAGACGUGUUCCUGAAAUCACUAAGGACGUCAGUGAGUUCUUAACAUCAGAGCUUUUACGAUUACUUCACAAGAAGAGGGGUGUCAAUUAUAAAGUGAUUGAAAGUAUUAUCCGUGGCACAGAGAGUCUCCAGAGCCCCGAGUUGAUGUGUGAAAUCCUCGACAAUUGCGAGACGGCACUUUUAAGAACUAAAGUCGACUCUCUUGACUUGGCUUGCUUCAUCUCAAGGAAGAUUACAAGUGAUGAGGGUAUUCCACGCAUCAUUGAAUGUCUUAAGAAGCACUUAUUAGAGAAGGUGAAAGCAGUCUUUGAGAACCCGAGUGGCAAAGAGAUGUUAAAGAUGUUAUUCCUCCUUAAGGGGAUGUUACUGAAUAUCAAAGACACUGCAACCCUUGGCGAUGAACUCCGCCAAACUGUUUUGAAAGAAAUCGAAACGAAUUAUGAGGAGUUAGGGAACAAGACAGUCCUCAAAAACGCAUUCCUCGAGAUCAAGAACUUACUCACAAGCAACAGCCUUCGUUCCAAAGAGAAAGUGAUUCAAGACAAUAAAGAAAACAAGCGCCUCAGAAACAAGAAGAAGAGAGAAAGGAAAGAAGCAAAAUUAAUAAGACGGGAACAAAAAGAGAAGAGGAGACAAGAGAAAAUGGCAAACCUUCAUAAAAUGGACGAGAAAGAAAAUGAAGAGAACAGUGAAAGUGACUCGGAAGACAGUCACAGUGAUGCCGACAAAAGUGGAAGUGAGAGCGAAUUGGAUUAA